AGCAUGCUCUGCGCCGCGGCCUGGGGCGGGACUUCCGGUAUGAGCUACUGAGUGCCGGGGCCUCCAGAAGUGUGAUGUGCGUGUGGUCGCCUGGGUGACGGAACAGGCUGUGCAGUGUGUAGCGCGGCCUAGAAGGCAGGUUGAAGCCAUGGACAUAGAUGCUGAGAGAGAGAAAAUAACACAGGAGAUCCAGGAGCUCGAAAGAAUUUUGUAUCCUGGAUCCUCCAGCGUCCAUUUGGAGGUCUCUGAAUCCAGUCUCAGUUCAGACUCUGAAGCAGAUCUCCUGCCUGAUGAGGACUUGGAAGCCACUGGUACCCCCAUCGUGGAAGAAGAAAGGUGGAGCGAGGCCAGCAAUGAUGAGGAGGACCCCAAGGACAAAGCUCUUCCUGAAGACCCUGAGACCUGUCUGCAGCUAAAUAUGGUCUACCAGGAGGUGAUUCAGGAGAAGCUGGCAGAGGUUAGCCAGCUGCUAGCCCAGAACCAGGAGCAGCAGGAGGAGAUCCUGUAUGAUCUGUCUGGGACCAAAUGCUCCAAGGUGAAGGAUGGCAAAAGCCUGCCCUCAUACAUGUACAUAGGCCACUUCAUGAAGCCAUACUUCAAGGACAAGGUCACUGGAGUGGGGCCUCCUGCCAAUGAAGACACACGAGAGAAGGCUGCCCAGGGAAUCAAGGCCUUUGAACAGCUCUUGGUGACCAAGUGGAAGCACUGGGAGAAAGCCUUGCUCAGGAAGUCCGUAGUGAGUGAUCGCUUGCAGCGCCUACUUCAGCCCAAGAUGCUGAAGCUUGAGUACUUACACGAGAAGCAGACCCGAGUCUCCAGUGACUUGGAGAGGCAGGCCCUGGAAAAGCAGAUUAAGGAAGCAGAGAAAGAGAUUCAGGACAUCAACCAGCUCCCUGAGGAAGCUUUGCUGGGGAACCGGCUAGAUAACCACGACUGGGAAAAGAUUUCCAACAUCAAUUUUGAAGGAGGCCGCAGUGCAGAGGAAAUCCAGAAGUUCUGGCAGAGUUCUGAGCACCCGAGCAUCAACAAGCAAGAAUGGAGCACAGAGGAGGUAGAGCGACUGAAAGCCAUUGCUGCCACACAUAGCCACUUGGAGUGGCAUUUGGUUGCAGAGGAGCUAGGGACAAGCCGCAGUGCCUUCCAGUGCCUGCAGAAAUUCCAGCAGUACAACAAAGCCCUGAAACGCAAAGAGUGGACAGAAGAGGAAGACCACAUGCUCACCCAGCUGGUCCAAGAGAUGCGUGUUGGGAACCAUAUUCCAUACCGCAAGAUUGUCUACUUCAUGGAAGGACGAGACUCCAUGCAACUGAUCUACCGUUGGACCAAAAGCUUGGAUCCUAGCCUGAAAAGGGGAUUCUGGACCCCAGAGGAAGAUGCUAAGUUGCUUCAAGCUGUUGCCAAGUAUGGGGCGCAGGACUGGUUUAAAAUCCGGGAAGAGGUGCCAGGUAGGAGCGAUGCCCAGUGCAGAGACCGCUACAUCAGAAGAUUACAUUUUAGCUUGAAGAAGGGACGAUGGAACGCAAAAGAAGAACAACAGCUGAUCCAAUUAAUAGAAAAGUAUGGAGUUGGUCAUUGGGCAAGAAUAGCUUCUGAAUUGCCCCAUCGGUCAGGCUCCCAAUGUCUGAGCAAGUGGAAAAUAAUGGCCAGGAAGCAGCAGCAUCUCCAGAGGAGGAGGGGGCGGAGGCCCAAUCGUAGUAGCCAGUGGAGCUCUAGCAGCAGCAGCGACAGUGAGGGCUAUGGCAGUAGCAACAGCAGCAGCAGCAGCAGCAGUAGCAGUGAAGACUCAGAAUUGGAGCUGGAAGAGCCUCUGGAGAAUGGCAGAGCACUGGUUCCUCAACAGUACAGAGUGCCAGACAUUGACCUGUGGGUUCCUACCAGGCUGAUCACCAGCCAGUCACAGAGAGAAGGGGCAGGGUGCUACCCAGCACACCGUGCUGCCUCCUGCACUCUUGACACCACUCAAAGUCACCACAAGGAAGGUCCCACCACCGUCUCCACUCCUCAGAUAAGCCAGGUCCUUCCACAGUCAGCCUUACCGGGUCUCACAAAGAGCUGUUACAUCUGCACCAGGUCCUGCGGCAGUCAGCCUUACAGGGUCUCUUUUGACAUGCAGCAUGUGGUGAAAGUGCCCCUGGAGAAAAUGCUGAAGUUGAUCAGGGCCCGCCCAGCCACCCAGAACCACACACUGGUGAAGGAAAGACUGAGGCAGCCAUCCCUGCCUAAUUCACACUCAGAGUCUGACCCUGGUGAUAAUGUGGCUGUGCCCCAUCUGCGGCGGCUGUGGCAUGGAACUUUCCAGAAUAAGCUGAGACGCAAGCGACAGGCUCUGCACCGAAGGCUUCUUAAGCACAGGCUUCUGCUGGCUGUGAUACCCUGGGUGGGUGACAUCAACCUGUCCUGCACACAAGCUCCUAGGAGACCUGCAAUAGUGCAAACCCAAGCUGACAGCAUCAGGACACAAUUAGAGCGUGCCCACCUGACCAGCACUCCAGUAUUCACACUGCUUAUUCAGGUCUCUCAGCUAUUGCAGAUUGAUGCUGUGGGCUGCAUGGAGGUGGUCCGCGAGAGGAAGGCCCAGCCACCUGCAGUGCUCCAGCCUAGCACCCAGAACCCCCAACCUCAUCUUCUGCAGGCAUUCUCCAGUGCCAAGAACAGCACAGGCUGCCUCCUCCCAAGCAUGCCGGGUCAGCAAACUACAAAGAGAGACAGCCACAAAGGGCGUCCACGGCUGGGAACGUGCGGGACUGAAGCUACCUCCUUCCAAGUUCCUGUAGCAGCUCCAGGUGGCCUCCGGCCAAAGCCCAAGACUGUAUCUGAGCUGCUUCGUGAGAAGCGGCUCCGUGAGUCUCGUGCUAAGAAGGCUACUCAGGCCCUCACUGCCAUCAACAGCCAGUUGCUGAUCUCCUCACCUGUGAUCCUCCAGCCCCCUCUGCUUCCAGCCCUCCAGGGUUCCCCAGUAGCAGGCCCUGCAACAUCCAGUGUAGAACUCUCUGUCCCUGUGGCCCCAGUGAUGGUCAGUUCAAGUCCUUCUGGCUCCUGGCAGGUGACUGGGAUGUCAGCCACAGACAAGCAGCCCCCUAUCCAGCAAACCAUUCCCCUAAAUGCUUCCCACAAAGGGACCCAGAUUGCAGCCCCUGCUGCUUUUAGGAGCCUGGCCCUGGCUCCCAGGCAGGUCCCCACAGGCUGCCCUCUGAGUACUCUAGGACAGUCUCAAGCCUCUGUCACAUCCCAGAAGCAGGGCCUGUCCAAGGUCUUGCCCCUUCUCCCAGCAUCCCCCAGCCCCACUCAGCUGCCUGUACAGCCCCUCAGUCUACCACCAGUUCUUGGCUCACAGGCAAGCGGGCAGCCCCAGGCAGCCAAGGCCAGCCUGCCUAUCAACUGGGUACUCACAACUCAGAAGCUGCUCUCUGUCCCAGUGCCAGCUGUGAGCCUCCCCCAGUCAGUGAUGACCCCUGAUACCAUAGGACCACCAGCAAAACAGCUACCUUCCCCUGCCACGACUCCUGCUUGCUUGGGACAGCUUCCAGCCAGUACAGACACAGAGCCUAAAGGUCCUCAGGGCCAGGAAAUACCAACCAUAUCUGGACCCGAAAAGAAGGCCUUGGACCUAAGUCUGCUUUCCCAGGAAAGCGAGACAGCCACACUGACAUGGCUGAAGGGGUGCCAAGGUGCUUGUGUGCCCCCACUAGGGAGCAGGAUGCCCUAUCAGCCCCCUUCUCUGUGCAGCUUGCGAGCAUUGUCCAGCCUCCUCCUCCAUAAAAAGGACUUGGAGCAGAAGGCUUCCUCUCUGGUGACCAGCCAGGCAGCUGGGUCCCAAUCUGAGCCCAAGGCUGAAGCCCUACAAACUUCCUUGGGGCUAGUACAGAGGCAGCUCCAGGACAACCCAGCUUACCUCCUGCUAAAGACACGUUUCCUGGCUCUCUUCUCCCUUCCUGCACUCCUGGCCACUCUGCCACCCAACAGUGUCCCCACCACCCUGUCACCAGCUGUGGCUGUUGGUUCUGAAAGUGACAGUGAAGACCUCCUUGGUGACCUGGAACUUAAGGACAGGGCCAGGCAGUUAGAUUGUCUGGCCUGCAGGAUACAAGCAAGCCCAGCAGCUACAGACCCUGAACAGAGAGCUCCAGGUCCUGGUGAGGACCUGGAUGCUUCUGAUGACCUUGAUGUGCUCAGGACUCGGCAUGCUCGGCAUUCCCGGAAACGGAGGCUACUAUGAGCAGCAAGGACAAGGACUCAAGGGGUCCAGAAACCUACUCUUACACCAGGCAGGAGGCAGAGCCCAGGCCUGACCAGAAGCCCACAGCCCUCUGCAAGAGGAAGCGGAGGCCAGGAAGCUGCAGGCCUGCAGACUUAACCUGUCUGCAGCAAGCAACAGGGACUCUGAUAGCAGUGGCCAUGUGGUCACAGGCUUAACUGUUACAAAAUGCAAAUCCACAUAUUUGAAGGAAUAAAAUAAAUGUCUAUUUUUUACUUUAAAAGCAAU